AAUCCAUCACACUGAGGACACGCAUUCCCCUGCUGUCAGAGCCCUCUACUCCAGACACCAUGUACUGCAACAACUUCUCCAGCACCAUCUUCCCAAGAUGCUACUGGGGCAGCUACGGCUACCCUCUGGGGUACAGUGUUGGCUGUGGCUACGGCAGUACCUACUUGCCAGUGGGCUAUGGCUUCGGCUAUGGCUGCAAUGGCUGUGGGGCUUUCGGCUACAGAAGAUACUGGCCAUUUGCUUUCUACUGAUUUGCUGAAAUACCUGAGGCACAGCCUCUUCUCUUCUAAGGCUGAGAGAUGCACUUCUACAUCCACAUUGACCCGUCUCCAUCACCAACCUCCCAGUCACUGCUCUUCCGACCUAGAACCAGAGUCCCAAAGGAAGAACAUGAAAAACCACUUGAUGCCUCCAGCUGCCAUCCCUGGAUGAUGUUUGUUGGGACAUAUUCAGA